GUUUAGUUUGUAUUAUAAUAUUAUUGAUCAUAAGGCUAGAAAAUUAACCAAAAUAAUAAAUUUACUAUUAUAGUUUGGCUAAUUGUAAUGUUUUUUUUCUUUUCUGCGUUUAGUAUAGCUAAAUUUCAGAUAUUUUAUUUAUAGUGUAUCAACUGUUGAUCGUUCAAUAGUCUUUUUUAAUCUUCCAUUUCGCCCUUCGAAUGCAACAAAUAAUUUUAAAUGUAUUUAAGAAUUGAUGAGUUCUCUUGUUCUUUUUAAUAAUAAAUCUAUAUCAACAGUGUCAUUGAAUUUCAAGUCUAUUCAACAUGAAUAUAGAAGCAAACAGGCUUAGUACCUUUACUAACUGGCCUGCCUCAGCACCCGUUGAUCCAAUAAGAAUAGCCCGAGCUGGUUUUUUCUACUCUGGUAAUGGAACUGAGGUUGAAUGUUUUAGCUGUGGUGGAAAGAUUUCUGAGUGGAAUUAUGGUGAUCAAGUUAUGGGGCGUCACCGUAUGAUGGAUCCUAAUUGUUUGUUUGUUGUAACACCCCAUCUAUCUGGAAAUGUUCCAUCUGUAGUUAAUCAAGCAUAUACCUUAAGAAAUGAAGAGAGUAGUUCAUCAAGACCUGUAGACAUAUCUGUUACCCCUAUGCAAUAUGAAUUAACUCAAGAUGAUCUAAUGUAUAGAAGUGAUGCACUAAGACUGCUUUCAUAUGUUAAUUGGGAUGACUCAUCUUUUUCACGUGAAGCAUUAGUAAAUGCUGGUUUUUAUCAUGCUGGCGGUGGGCGCCUGCGAUGUGCUUGGUGUGGUGGUGAAUUGGGAUCUUUAACUAAUAUGGGAUUAGAAUCACCUCUUGAGAUACACCAGAUGUAUUUCCCAAUGUGUGAAUUUGCAACUAGAAGAGCGCGAAUGGAUAAUGUUAAUAUAGAGAUAUCAGAAAACAUACAUGACUUACCAGAGUUCAGAGGUGAUACUCCCCAACCACAGGGCACAAUACCUCUGCAAACAAGUGGAGCAGAACAUAAUGAGCAAGUAGUAGCAGCUGGCAGUACCUGGAGAGAUCUGGGAGUCGUUAGCGGAGGAGCUAGGCAUCCUACAAAGGCCUCUUUGACAGCCCGAAUGGCAAGUUUUGAUUGCAACUGGCCCCAAGAUCGGCCGCAAGCACCUUGCUCAUUAGCUGAAGCUGGUUUUUUCUAUACUGGGUUAGAAGAUCAGGUUCGUUGUUUUUACUGUGACGGUGGUCUGGGCAAAUGGGAGGCGGGCGAUAUACCGUGGCGAGAGCACGCGCGUUGGUUUCCACAAUGCGGAUACGUGUUACUCAUGAAGGGACAGCAGUUUGUUGAUACGGCCCGUAGCAGUAACGCACGACGGACGGUGUCAUCAGCUGAACGUGGCGUACUAACUUCAGGACCUCGGAAUGCUUCUGUAAACUUUCCGGUCACUGAAAGUCAGAUAGAGAAUUGUAUGGAAAGCAAUGCGGCGGCGGAUGCCCUUGGAGCUGGUUUGGAUGCAGCGCGAGUGAGACGGGCUAUUGUUAGACGGUUGCAGGCAACAGGAUCGCCAUUUCCGAAUUCCGAGUCGUUGAUAGAUGCUGUUCUGGAUGAUCAGUUGAACGAAGAAGCCUGGAGUACGGUGUCCAGUCAGCGCUUUGCGAGGGACAUACUCGCUGAGACACUGCGGGUCUUUGAUACAAGUGCUAGGGCUCUUCAUCUGGAUGAAGACAGGUCCGAUAGCAGGCAGUCUUCCGAGAGCUCUUCAGCAUCACCCCUACCAGAACAACCUCGACCAAUUAAAUUAAUAAAUUCAGAGAAGGACAGACCAAAGACACCAGUUGAAAAGAAAGAGAUGACCUUGGAGGAAGAGAAUCGACAGUUAAAGGAAGCCAGACUUUGCAAAGUCUGUAUGGAUAAUGAGGUCAGCAUGGUAUUCCUGCCAUGCGGUCAUUUGGUGUCCUGUGGGAUGUGCAGUACGGCCCUAACAUCAUGCCCCUUAUGCCGUGCCGCGGUUAAGGCGCUAGUCAGGGCCUACUUCGCCUGACAACCCACCAGCACGAAUACAUUAUUUUGCCGACGCCACUUGAGCUUGCAACCAAACCACGAUAGCACAUUGUCGUUAUUAUUAAAAUAUUUAUUUUAAUAUAUGUGAUAGUUGAUAUUAAGUUUAUAAUUGUUUAAAAUGUUUGACAAAAUAUUUUAACGUGAAAUAUUGUCAUUUGUGGUCUGAUAUCUUGUAUACUAUAAGUAAUAAUGAAUGUAUGUAGUAUGUGAUUGCUGUCAAAUAAGAUUGUCGAAGUAUGGCGCACUGUAAAAAAUAUAAAAAUUAAUUAACAUUUUAUGUUUAUAAAAAUGCAUGUUUAAUUGAUUUUAAUAUUAUAAAAUCAUAUGAUUAAGAACAAAACUCUUCAAAUAAAAUAGUUUUUUUAACAAAGCAAAUAAUACAUACAUGAUAAUAAUUUACUUAAGACUUUUGUCAUCAGUAAACGUUCAUUUUA